CUCCGCCCCCUCGGACCCCGGAGCCACCCAAGGCGUUCUCCUGGGCUUCAGUAACCAGUAAGAAUCUGCCACCUAGUGGAUCCCUGUCCUCCACCGGAAUCCCACCACACGUAGUCAAGGCUUCCAGCGUUCAGCCCAGAGUGGAGGUGAAGCAGGACUCCCACGCUCCUCUACCCAGAGACCAGCGGCGUGAGAGACCCGCCUUCACCUCACGAGGACCCAGACCUGACGGGGCGUCGGCCGAGGCGCAGGGCGGGAAAACCUUCUUCAGCUUCAGAGGGCGUGGCGAUUCUGAAGGGGGCGAGGCCGAGGGUCGCAGGACCGUCCGUCACCCCGACAGUCAUCAGCUGUUCGUGGGGAACCUCCCUCACGACAUCGACGAGGGCGAACUCAAGGACUUCUUCAUGUCGUACGGGAACGUGGUGGAGAUGCGCAUCAACACCAAGGGCGUCGGCGGCAAACUUCCCAACUUUGGCUUCGUCGUCUUCGAUGAUUCCGACCCCGUGCAGAGGAUCCUGGCACAGAAGCCCAUCAUGUUCCGCGGCGAGGUGCGGCUGAACGUGGAGGAGAAGAAGACCCGCGCCGCCCGGGAACGCGAGACCAGGGUCGCCGGAGAGGGACGCCGCGGCCCCCGGGGCAUCAUGGGCAACGGCAUGGGGCGCGACCGGGACGGACGCGGGCCGCCCCCCUCCUCCUCCGCCUCGUCCUCCUCCAGGGCCGCCGUCGGGUCGGGCCGGGGCGGCGGCGAGAGCAGAUUCGCCGGGCCGCGGCGCUGAGCGGGCGUCGCCGUCGUCCUGGACUGCGCUCUCUAUCGUCACGACAACAAAAAAUUUAAUAAAUGCAAAAAAAAAAAUUCCUUUCUUUCAACGUUUUUUGGAAUGUGACUGGCUUUCGGCGUCAUCGGCGACGACGGCGGCGGCGGCGGCGCUCACCAACACCGCCAUCUGAUGUGAAAGAUUAAAAACGCAGAACUUUCUCUGGCAGAGUCGUUCCCGGAGUAUUCAUCGCUUUCUUCUCUCGGGGUUCGUUUGAUUUAUUUUCUUAUUCUUACGUGUUUUGUUCUUCGCAAGGAAAAAAGGGGCGUGGCUUAUUUUCCGGUGGAACAAAAGACGAGUGUGUUUCACGGAGGGGACUCGCACAUUUUAUAUCGGACAUGAACGUCAACGCUUCGGAAAAAAUGGAUUAAAAAAAAAAUCUAUUCAAACGCUCACUGUACGACUUAUUUAUUUUGUUAGUUAAUAAAAACAGUGGUGGUGCCUUAAAUUCUCUCGCCCGUCUCUCUCUCUCUCGGUCUCUCUCUCAUCCUGUGAAAGACUAAAGGAUUGAACUCCUCAGACGUCAGGCAUGUGCCGAUAUAUCGGAUCCACCGAAAUUUUACCGAACUCACCUGACUUGUGUUUACACGGCCGACCCGGCUGCGUCUCGUUCAGGAACGACUGGGCUCUUUCUUUUCCCGAAUAUUAAACGGACACACGUGCUACCUUCAAAUUUGACAAAGCAAGGACCCUCGGGAACGGGACGGACUGUUUCAGGAGCCGCCGGCCGCUCAAACGGGAUUUCUGUACCGGUGUCUGGGUUCAGUAUCGCGGCACUUCCAUUCACCGAUAAUCGGCACAUGCCUGGAGGGUGCGUGUGUGUGUGUGUGUGUGUGUGUUUACUCGGUCGAGGUAAUAUCCACAAUGUUCCAGUCAUGUACCACGCAUUUGUAGCUACCAGUUUAGCGAAUCUGAAAGAUGUGUUUUUUAUUAUUAUUAUUUUUUUUUGGGAAGUUAUUGCCACCCUGGGCACCAUUUUAAUGAUCAUCACUUGCAGUACCGCACUUCUACCAGAGUGGCCGCCAAAUCCUCAUAUACUUUUUGCACUUUUUUUCUUGAUUGUACGAUUGUGUUGCAUUAAUUUUGGGUUCAAACGAAGAAAUUGUUGCUGUUGGAAUGCUAGGAAUUGUAGUUUAUUCAACAUGACGUCAGUUCAGCAUCAACUGAGGUGUGGCGGAUUUACCUAGUGUAUUUUUUCCUCAUGAAUAUCGCCCCCCUGUGCGCUAUAUUAAUGAUCAUCACCUGCAGUACCGCACUUCUACCAGAGAGGCCGCCAAAUCCUCAUUUACUUUAGGCUGUCUUUAAACUGAAAUGAUUUGUACUUGAUUGUACGAUUGUGUUGCAUCCAUUUUGGGUUCAGGUUAAGAAAUUGUUGCUGUCGGAAUGCUAGGAAUUCCCGCUUAAAAUAAUAGCUCUGUAAAAAUUGUCGUUUAUUCAACGUGACGUGACGUCAGUUCAUCAAUUUGAGGUGUGGCGGAUUUACCCAGUAUUUUUUUUGCCCCCCUGCGCACUACCUUAAUGAUGAUCACCUGCAGUACCGCACUUCUACCAGAGAGGCCGCCAAAUCCUAUUUUGCUUUAGGCUGUCUUUAAACUGUAACACUUAUUUCUUUAUUGUACGAUCGUGUUGCUUCACUUUCGGGUUCAGGUUAAGAAAUUGUUGCUGUCGGAAUGCUAGAAAUUCCCUCUAAAAAAAUUUGCUCUGCACAAAUUGUAGUUUUUUAAACGCAGCGUUAGUUGUGUGGCGGAUUUACCCAGUGUAUUUUUUUCCUUGUGAUUUAUGGCCCCCUGUGCACUACCUUAAUGACUUUUACCUGCAGUACCACAGUUUUACCAGAGAGGCCGCCAAAGCUUCAUUUACAUUCUGCUGUAUUUAAACUGAAUGAAUUGUACCUGAUUAAACGAUUGUGUUGCAUCAGUUUUGGGUUCGGACGCUGUCAGAACGCUAGCAAUUCCCGCUAAAAAUAAUAGCUCUGUCAAAAUUGUUGUUUAUUCAACGUGACGUCAGUUCAGCAUCAAUUUGAGGUGUGGCGGAUUUACCUAGUGUAUUCUUUCCUCAUGAAUAUCGCCCCCCUGUGCGCUAUUUUUAUGAUCUCUUGCAGUACCGCACUUCUACCAGAGAGGCUGCCAAAUCCUCAUUUACUUUAGGCUGUCUUUAAAGUGAAACACUUUUCUUGAUUGUAUGAUUGUGUUGCAUCAAUUUUGGGUUCGGGCGCUGUCAGAAUGCUACCGCAGAAAUCCUCAUUUACAUUUAGCUAUCUAUAAACAAAAUCACUUGUUUUGCUUCACUUGCUGUCGGAAUGCUAGAAAUUCCCUCUUGAAUGUUUACGAAAAAUAAAAAAAACUAUAGCAUUAUAAAAAGUGUAUUUUUUACCUUGUGAUGCUAAACUGGUAGCUAUAAACAUCCUGGAAUUAUUAGCUACGUUAGGGUAAAUUAAAACGAGCGCUGAACAUUGUGUACAUUAUGGCCGACUCGUGGCUUUAGCUUGUUGCUGAACCGGUAGCGGCUGUGGCGGAGGGUUGCAGUGUUAGCGGUACUGAUGACGGAUUAGUACUGCGUGUGUGUGUGUGUGCGCGUGCGUUCUUUACUUUAGCGUACGUUUAUGCUGAUGCAGUAUUUCACACUGUUUUGAUUGUUUAUUAUUAUUAUUAUUAUUUUUAUUUCUCUGUUGAACCACUCUGCACGUCCGGGUUCCUGAACGCAGCACGACCAGAGCUGUUUUUGAUACGACGUUAUGAAGCUAAGCUAGCACUUUGCGUUCUUCUUGAUUUGCUGUUUCUUUUGGGUUGUUCUUUUUUUUUUCCCCUCUGAACCCCGUGUCCUUUUCAGGUCGGGGCGGGGUCUUGACCUCCGUUUGGCUUUAGCAGGUUCCGUCUGAAUAUAUUUUCAACUUUCAAUAAAACUACUGAUGAUCUGCA